AUAAAAUGGCCCCAAUUAUUCGACCAGAGCAAGCGGACCAACUGCGCUUUUUACUGGAGCAACCCGAAGAAGUUCUGAUAGAGUUUUGCAAGCUGGCCAUCGAGUACAUAAACUCCGGGAUCAACGAGAAGAAAUGCACGGUGGCAGCAAAGAAACUUUCAUCCACAUACGAUAUCGUGCGUGGCGCGUUGGAAGCACUGGUUGCACUGCUAAUCGAUAGCACGAAAAUGGCAAUCAGCGAGCGUGACUUCUACACCGCAGUUCAAACCUCGUUGGAUAGUAUUGAUCAGAAGCAAAGCGAAAUAUUGUGGCAGUUUAUAACGAGCAAGCGCCACUUGGUCGAUAAUGUGCUGCGUGCAUCCUGUCAGGAUGAGAUGUAUUUUCGUGAUUUAGAGUGGCGCAUCGAAGGACGCAUCGCAUCCCGCAGCCUUCGAUCACAGGCAGCACCGGUGAUCAAGAUGAAGUUUCACCUAGACACCGAGUGUGUGAGCGAGUACCGGGAAAAAUUACAUUCCACGCCGGAGACGGAAAAGCACACACGUAGAGAAGUGCUGGCCGAAACGGACCCCAGCAUGCUUCAGCACAUGAUACAGGUGCUGGAGCAAGCGCUGCUGGAAGCACGAACAAGGCGCGUUCGGAACUACGUUAAACCAGCCCAAAGUUAACGCUUGGGAAUAAAUAUUUACACCGUAUUACACGUCCACAAUGC